GUCGAAAUUUAAAAUGUUGUUGUUUUAAUGGAGAGCUUUUCGUGGUUUAUUUGACCGAGAAAAUAGGAUAUUUUUUUGACAAAGAAAUCUGUACCUGGAAAGAAGUCAGGAUCCAACUUAAAAAAGAUAUUUUAAAAAACAUUGGAGAAUAUGCGGCUUUUGCUCACAGCAAUUAUUUUUAUAUUAAAGAAUAUGGAUCAACCAACACCAGAUAAAGAAAAAAAACCUGAAAGCAUCGACGUAGAAAACGAUGAAACAUUGGAAAUGGACUUUUUGCGACCUUCCUCAGAAAAACGUACGAGAUUCCAAGUAAAUCGCGUGAGAACAGAAAGUUACAACAAAUAUGAACAACUAUUGACCAACGGAAAUACACCUGAUAUCGAGUUCCACAGUGAUAAUGAAGAUGACCCUUUAAAUGCUACUGAUAAAACACGGCUAAGCACCGAGAAUGCUCAUAAAAGUCUAAGGCACUUGACUAGAGAAGCUCUUCCUAGAGUAGAUAAUUAUAGAAACAUAAUGUCAUUGCAAGCAGCUAACAGGCCAACAUUGGAUGAACUUCAUAAUGACACUCUUCCAAAGUCCGUACAAACAUCGGCGAACACCAACGGCAAACAAUCCAACACUCAGGGUCAGCUAAAAUUCGGAUGGAUUCAAGGAGUCUUAAUAAGAUGCCUUUUAAAUAUAUGGGGCGUUAUGCUCUUUCUUAGAUUGUCAUGGGUUGUGGGACAGGCAGGAAUAGCGGAGGCAAUAUUACUGAUAUUGACAACUACAGUAGUUACAACAGUUACGGCCCUUUCAAUGUCAGCGAUUAGCACUAAUGGAGUCAUCAAAGGAGGUGGAACAUAUUAUAUGAUUUCAAGAAGUUUAGGUCCAGAGUUUGGAGGGUCUAUUGGACUAAUAUUUUCAUUAGCUAACGCUGUGGCUUGUGCUAUGUACGUUGUUGGCUUCUGUGAGUCUCUGCAAGAUUUGCUAUUGACUUAUGGCUUAACCAUGGUGGACGGAGAUGUGCAUGAUCGCAGAAUCAUUGGUUGCAUCACUAUUGUGGUGAUUACUAUAAUUGUUGUAGUUGGAAUGGAAUGGGAGGCAAAAGCACAAUUAGUACUGCUUGUAAUACUUGUCGUGGCCAUUUUCGACUAUCUGAUAGGUUGUUUGGUUGGCCCAGGAAAUGAUGGUGAACGUGCUAAAGGAUUCGUAGGCUUUAAUGGUACGGUGCUAUGGCAAAACACGUUUCCUGAUUAUAGAAGAUCUGAUGGAGUGGAUUACGAGUUUUUUAAAGUAUUAGCAGUGUUUUUUCCUGCUGCCACGGGGAUUUUGGCCGGAGCAAACAUUUCUGGAGAUCUUAAAGAUCCUCAAACAUCUAUUCCUAAAGGAACCAUACUGGCAAUAUUAAUAACCACAAUGUCUUACAUAAUAAUGGCAAUAUUUGCCGGAUCAACAGUUAUGAGAGAUGCAAGUGGGAACGUGGAAGAUUAUCUACUAGGUAAUCUUACAGAUUGUAUACCAAAUUGCACAUAUGGACUACAAAACAGCUUUCAGGUUAUAGAACUGGCGUCACUAGAAGGUUCUCUAAUUUACGCAGGAUGCUUUGCCGCUACUCUAUCUUCGGCAUUGGCGUCACUGGUAUCAGCUCCAAAAGUUUUUCAGGCACUUUGCAAAGAUAAACUCUAUCCUCGAAUCGAAUGGUUCGCCAAAGGAUUUGGACCCAACAAUGAACCACUCAGAGGAUACGUUUUAACUUUUGUCAUAGCGGUAGCAUUUGUGUUAAUAGGAGAAUUAAACUUGAUAGCGCCAUUGAUUUCCAACUUUUUUUUGGCUGCUUAUAUGUUGAUUAAUUUUUCAACAUUUCACGCCUCCUUAGCAAAACCAGUUGGCUGGAGACCAACCUUUAAGUACUACAAUAUGUGGCUCAGCUUAGCUGGUUCAAUACUGUGUGUUAUGGUCAUGUUUCUGAUUUCCUGGUGGACGGCUCUUUUAACAUUUUCAGUGAUAUUGGCAUUAUAUUUAAUUGUUGCCUAUAGGAAACCUGAUGUAAACUGGGGUUCAACAACCCAAGCCCAAAUUUACAAAAAUGCCUUGAGUGCUACUCAACAAUUAAAUACUAUAGAAGAACACGUUAAAAAUUACAGGCCUCAAAUUUUGAUGCUUUCUGGAAUGCCUAGCGCCCGGCCGGCAUUGGUUGAAUUUGCGCAUUACCUAACAAAAAAUUUAUCCAUGCUUGUAUGUGGAAAUAUCAACCCUUGUCCCCUUUCUCAGCGAGCAAGAGAUGUACUGACCUACAAGGCAAACAGUUGGUUAAAAGCACACAAAUUUAAAGCAUUUUACCAUCAAGUAGAUGGAAUGUCAUGGUUAGAAGGUGCGAGAGCUCUUUUAAAAGCCUGUGGUAUAGGAAAACUCAAACCAAACAUAUUAAUGAUGGGAUACAAAUCCGACUGGCAAACCUGCCCUACAGAAGAUUUGUUAAAUUAUUUUGAAAUUUUGCAUAACGCUUUUGAUAUGCACCUUGGGUUAAGCAUAUUUAGGCUUCAGCAAGGUCUUGAUGUUAGUGAAAACCGCAAUGAGUUAGAAUCAAAAAGUAAGAGUAGCCCUAUAAUGAGAAGGAACCUAUCAUAUGGACAAAUAUCCCAAAUUAGUAGUAUUAGUGAACAAUCAUUUAUUACCAAACUUAAAGAAGAUAACGUAAAUACCAGCCCAGACGAAAACUAUCAAAUGAAAUCCAUAACAGAAUCUGUACCAGAUUUAGCAUCCGAAGCACAAACUGAAAAUGAUGGCAAUAUUACAUUUAGAGAGAAAUUUCUAUUUCAAAAACCGCAACGUAAAAAAGGCACAAUCGACGUAUGGUGGUUAUACGACGAUGGAGGUUUGACCUUACUCUUGCCACAUAUACUGAGCACUCGACGAAACUGGAAAAAUUAUAAACUUCGCGUUUUCGCUUUGGCAAACAAUAGAGAAGGUUUAGAGUUAGAACACCGAAAUAUGGCCAGCCUCCUAGCGAAAUUUCGAAUCGAGUAUUCCGACCUGCAAAUCGUACCUGAUAUAUCAAAGAAAGCCAGUGAUGCCACAAAUACCUUAUUCGAAUCCCUUGUAGCUAAAUUUAGAAGUCAAUCUGAAAAUUUGGAGGUAAACAAGGAAGACCCCAUUGCAGUGACAGAUUCAGAGCUUAUGGCAAUGAAAGAAAAAACUAAUAGACAAAUGAGGUUAAGGGAGCUUCUUUUAGAGCAUUCCCAUGAAGCAGAGAUGGUUGUUGUGACAUUGCCUAUCCCAAGAAAGAAUAUUGUCUCUGCAGCUACUUACAUGGCUUGGUUGGAGUUGCUGACCAAAGAUAUGCCGCCUGUGUUGCUUGUUAGAGGAAAUCAGACGUCUGUUUUAACAUUUUAUUCAUAAUUUUUAUCUACUUACCUAUCUUAUUUACCUACUGCUUUUAUUUAUUCACACCAAAGAUUCAUUUCAGUAUUUUUUUAAGAGACAAUAUUGAAUUUAUGUUUUUAAUUUAGUUUAAACUAAUUAUUUAGUU